UGCGAACGUGCGUCGUGCACGUAUUGAACCUCGUCACCUCCUAACUCGGUGCAUACAUAAUAUCAAAAUUAUUUAAAACAUAGGUACGCGUAAAUUCUGACUGUGACAAUAGUGACAUAAAAUAAUAUUAUAGAUGAAAGGAAUGUCUACAUGUCACGAGUGACAAACCUAUGAGCACCGAGUACUUUAUCUCAACCAUAAACGAGAACGAGAACGAGAAUAUUUUUCAAUUAUUUAUACUUUAUAGAUUUUGUACUGCGGAACAGUAGUUACGUUACAAGCCGUGUUUUAAUAAUUUUAUAAUAUAUAUACAUACGUGAUAUACGUCGUCGAUACCAUGAUAUUGAAAGUCAUAUCUUCCACCAUCAAGACGGUUUACACGGCGACAUGCUUAAAGAUGAAGGAUGACAAAAAAUUUUAGAUUAAUCCCAGGAACACUUAUUGCAUUAGGUGUAUCAUACAGUACUGUAGCGGCAAAAUCAUUGGUCGUUGACAAAUUCAUGGCAGACACUAUUACAGAUUUACAAACAUUAAAAAGUAGACCCGAAGAUAUGAAAACAAUCAUGGAACUUAUGAUUAUGAAUAUACAAGCUGAAUUUUGUCGAGCACUUGAAAAAGAAGAACCAAAAGAAAAAUUCAAAGUAGAUCGAUGGUUAAGACCUGAGGGUGGUGGUGGAGUUACAUGUGUAAUGCAGGAAGGAGAAGUUUUUGAAAAAGCUGGCGUUAAUGUUUCUGUAGUUCAUGGUAAUUUACCUCCCAGAGCAAUUGAUCAAAUGAGAGCUAGAGGUAAAAAUUUUAAAAGUGGUCAAGUACUUCCAUUCUUUGCUGCAGGUGUCAGUGCAGUAAUACAUCCGCGCAAUCCCUAUGUGCCUACUAUACAUUUUAAUUAUAGAUACUUUGAAGUCACUUUACCUGAUAAUACAAUAGAGUGGUGGUUUGGUGGAGGUACUGAUUUAACUCCUUAUUAUCUAAAUGAAGAAGAUGCAGUCCAUUUUCAUCGCUCAUUAAAAAAUGCUUGUGAUCAACAUGACAAAUCAUAUUAUCCUAAAUUUAAACGUUGGUGUGAUGAUUAUUUUAAUAUACCGCAUAGAGGAGAACGAAGAGGGGUUGGUGGUAUAUUUUUUGACGAUUUAGACACUCCAUCUACAUUUAAUUUUGUUAAGAGUUGUGCACAAGCAGUUAUCCCUUCAUAUAUUCCAUUAGUACAAAAGCAUAAAAACGAUUUAUAUAAUGAUGAAGAAAGAGAAUGGCAAUUACUUAGACGAGGACGAUAUGUUGAAUUUAAUUUGAUAUAUGACAGAGGUACAAAAUUUGGUCUCUACACACCUGGUGCUAGAUAUGAAAGUAUACUUAUGUCACUUCCCUUGACUGCCAACUGGAAGUAUAUGCACAAUCCAGAUCCUGAAAGUAGAGAAGGAAAAUUAACAGAAAUUCUAAAAAACCCAAAAGAUUGGAUUAAAAUUGAAUAA